UGUAUAUGGUAGCUAUAUCGAAUUAAUUUCUGAUAUAUUUUGAUUCGAUAACAAAAACAGACGCAUUGACCGCUCGAACACAUUUUUGCUGUGCUGAUGCCUGGCCUGCUAUUGGUGCUUGUUUACACGAUGCCCACAGGAGGCGCUGAUUGGUCGCAUUUCUCACGUGACCGACCAACUUUGUACAUUUGACAGAGGAGUAGGUGGGUUUUGGAGAGAUCAGAAAAACGACAGCACGAUAAAAAUUAGAAUUGUUGCACUUUUCAAAUUAAUGAUCAUGAGUUCGUACUUGAUCAAUUCAAAUUACAUUGAACCUUCUUUCCCACCCUGCGAGGAAUAUCAGCAGAAUGGAUACAUGCCCGUGUCCUCUGAUUAUUAUGAGCGGCCGAAAGACGCGGGCUUCCCCCAUCACGAGGAGGCAUCAUACCCGCGAUCAAACUACCAAGAGCCGAGCUAUGAUUACGGUAAUGUGUCAACCAACGGCCUCAACGAUUUCACCGACCGUCAUCACGCGCAACCUCAAUCCGUUCUGCAGAAUCAUGGACCCCGCCUCACCACAGAGAGCUGUGCUGGUUCAGCUGCGAACAAGGAUUGCAGCCUCGUGUCAGAGGCUCUCCCAGGCGCACAGAAGGGUAAAGAGCCGGUGGUGUAUCCCUGGAUGAAAAAAGUCCAUGUUAAUACCGUGACCGCCAGCUACUCUGGAGGAGUGCCCAAGAGGUCUCGCACCGCCUACACGCGCCAGCAGGCUCUUGAGCUUGAGAAAGAGUUCCACUUUAACCGAUAUCUGACUCGACGUCGACGAGUGGAGAUAGCGCACACUAUGUGUCUUUCUGAGCGUCAGGUGAAAAUCUGGUUUCAGAACCGCCGCAUGAAAUGGAAGAAAGACCACAAGCUACCUAAUACAAAGAUCCGCUCCUCGAGCUCUGCGCCCUCCAACCAUCACAUGAAAACGGACGCCACUCAGCAGCAAACACUGCUUCCAACGCCUUGUCCCUCGAACCUAUAGUGCUAGAAGCAAAUCGGCACAAACGGAACUGAACAAGAAAGAAGAACACAUAGCAGUAUUAGGAUCGGAACUUCACAGGGUUACUUUUUAUUCAGUGUCCGAUGAGGCAACUUAACCUCGCCCUCUCAACCGCUUCCUCCACUCUAAUUUGAGCUGGAAAUCACAUCCUUCCUGUAAAAAUCUUUUUUCACUCUCUCUCGUUCUCUCUCUUAAACGAACAAUAGUAGAAUGUACUUUAACUUGGACAUUGGAUCGUUACGUUUUCUGUCUUUAACCGAGACAUACCGAGUCUUGUUUGUGAAGAUCUGCGCUAGUUACGCGUGUACAAACUGACAUUUUAACUUGAAGGCACAAGUAUAGGAACAAACUUCCUGGAGUAGUUAUCUUAUUUGUCUUAGUUCCAUAUUUUAGAGUAUUGUUAAGUGUAUUUACGUCAUCAAAGCUGUGAAUAUUCGUGUAUUUGGUUAUUUGUAUAUUGGUGAAUGAUGUCAAGUUGUUUUAGUAAGCCUGUAUGCAAGUAAUUGUAGGCUGCCCCGUGGAAAUAAUAAAAAAUGACUUUAUUGUGCAUUAUCCAUUUAGUUUAAUCUAUAGACAGGACUAAUGUAGGUGGUGUAAUUUAGCUGUGUACUGAAUCAUGUUACUGUUUUAUUCCAAAGUAUCUUGAUAACGAAUAACAAAGCCUUAAAAAGUCGCUAU